AUGGCGGUGGGGGACGCGCUGCGCCGGCUCUGCGAGGAGGUCGGCUGGUCCUACGCCGUCUUCUGGAAGGCCAUCGGCGCCGCCGACCCUGUGCAUUUGGUGUGGGAGGACGGUUGCUGCGGCCACGCGUCAUGCUCCGCCGGAUCUGAGGCUCCUGAAGCUGGGUGUGAGCCGGGCACCAGUGUGUGCACGCUUGUUAGGAAGGUCAUGGCCUCGCAAAUUCAUGUUGUUGGUGAAGGUACCAUUGGCCGUGCUGCUUUCACUGGAAAUCAUCAAUGGAUUGUCCAUGAUCCUGCUGCCAAUGAUCACAAUCUCAGACCCGAGCUUGCCGCUGAGAUGAAUCAUCAAUUUGCAGCUGGCAUUCAGACUAUUGCAAUUAUUCCUGUGUUACCACGAGGUGUACUGCAGCUAGGCUCUACAAGUGUGGUAGUGGAAAAUACCAACCUUGUGCUCCAGUAUAAGAAGCUGUGUUCUCAGCUGAACAAUCGGUCGAGUAUGGCUUCAUCAUCAUCUGUUAAAAAUGAUUCGAACCGGAAAGUUCAGUCACGCCCUUUGAGUGGCCCCACAAGUAUAUACCCUGCAGAUACACGCUCAAAGGUUUUUAGUGGAUCCCCAAUGACAUAUCAACAAUGUUAUGGUCCUGAUGGCACAACUGUGUCUAGUAGUACAUUGGCAAACAUGGGCAGUAAUGCUUCAAUGCUUAUGGUUGCACAAAGAAAUGGCCAAGUGGGUAAAGAACACAUUCUAUAUGCUCCUGACAUGAGAUUCAGACCGCAAAACCCUUACUGUGACAGGAGAGUUCAGAGUAACACCCAAAGUAGUGUUGUGAGCUCUGGUUUUAUCUCAUCUAUCUCAGCAUCAAUGGAAAGGCAUCCAUUGAUGACCAACAGUGAACAGUUAGAACAAGGACACCCUGGAGAAUCAUCAGAUCCCAGAAAUGUUCUCUUGAAAUCUCUUGCAUACCGUAACCCUUUAGUCCAUGAGAACACAAACAUGACUUUGUUGCAUGGCAUAGGCCAGGUGCCAGGUUUUGUUAAUGGUCAUGGGGGUUUUGAUUUUCUCCCAGAAGGCACUAGGGUAGUCAAGGGUAACCUGUAUGGCAGCACAGCAAAUCAAAUUUUAGACCAAAGAUGGAGUUCUACUUCUGGGAUGACAGGGCACAGGCCAACUGUUUCAUAUAAAAUGCCCCAAUCUACCCAAUUUGUUAGGAAAACGGAGAGUCCCAAGAGAGAGACAUGCCAAGCUUCUGCUGCUCUGUCGUCUGGCUCUGAUAUUCAGGUUUCUGGUGGCUUGAAAACAGCCAUUUCUCAAGAGAAUCAGAUGAGUACCUCAGAUCUUAUUGGCCCAAAAAAGGCUAAUGAAGUGCAUGACCCUACUGAUGCAAUUGUUCAAGCUGUCAAGAAUAUGGAUCGCCGCAGGCUCCCAGACAUAUCUAAUGAGAGAUCACCGCCGCUCCUUAUGGAUCCUGCUGCAGAAAGUGAUUUGUUUGACAUGUUUGGUUCCGAAUUUCAUCAUUUGUGCCGCAAUGUGGAUAAUGAUCUUACCUGGAAAGCUGCAAAACCUGAGAGUUCAAAUAGAGAUGUACCUGAAUCCUCUGUUCAUCUUGGUUCCUCUCCAGCCUUCAGUUCAGUGGAUGACGAGUUCCCUUAUUCUGGGAUCUUCUCACUGACUGAUACCGACCAACUGUUGGAUGCAGUUGUCUCCAAUGCCAAUCCUGGUGGCAAGCAGAUCUCUGGUGACAGUGCUUCUUGCAAGACUUCAGUGACAGAUAUUCCUAGCACUUCGUAUGGUCGCUUAAAAGAGCCAAAGCAGGUUGCUCCUCUGCUAAUCAACAAUGAGUUAGCCGUUUCAAAUUUUGUUAAACAGUCAUCUUUCCCAGAAAAGGCAGAGGAUGGCUGUCUUUCUCAAAAUAAUGCAAUACAGAAAUCUCAGAUACGCCUCUGGAUUGAGAGCGGACAGAACAUGAAAUGUGAAAGUGCCUCGGCCUCAAACAGCAAGGGUGUUGAUACGUCAAGCAAGGCAAGUCGAAAGAGGUCUCGACCAGGAGAGAAUCCUAAGCCACGACCAAAGGACCGCCAGCUUAUUCAGGAUCGUAUAAAGGAGCUCCGGGAACUUGUACCUAAUGGCAUAAAGUGUAGCAUUGAUGCAUUGUUGGAGAAGACCAUUAAGCACAUGCUUUUCUUGCAAAGUGUGACAAAGCAUGCAGAUAACCUCAAGGACUCAAGUGAAUCUAAGAUUCUUGGUGGUGAGAAUGGUCCACUUAAAGACUACUUCGAAGGUGGUGCAACUUGGGCCUUUGAUGUUGGUAGUCAAUCUAUGACAUGUCCAAUCAUUGUCGAGGAUCUUGAGCGGCCUCGUCAGAUGCUUGUGGAGAUGCUUUGUGAGGAUAGAGGUAUCUUCUUGGAGAUAGCUGACUUUAUUAAAGGACUAGGAUUAACCAUCUUAAGGGGUGUUAUGGAAGCACGCAAAAAUAAAAUCUGGGCACGGUUCGCUGUUGAGGCCAACAGGGAUGUGACUAGAAUGGAAAUCUUCCUUUCCCUAAUGCGCUUGCUGGAACCGAGUUGUGAUGGUGGUGGAGCAGGAGAGAAUCCUAAUAACAACACAAAAAUGCCUCUUGGGAUUGUGCGGUAUCCCGUGAUCCCUGCGACAGGUCAUCUUAGGUGA